GGAGACGGAGCUGAAGCUAGCCGAGCUUUUUGAUCUCUGUGUGUGUGUUGUUUGGUGGAUUCGUUUUGGGACAGUUGGAUUUUGAUGGAUACCAAUAAUUGGAGGCCUGCUCAGGCUGAGCCGGCCAUGGAUGGGGGCGAUUGGAGGACCCAGUUGCCCCCCGCACGCCAAAGGAUUGUCAACAAGAUAAUGGACACUUUGAAGAGGCAUCUUCCUGUUUCUGGACAAGAGGGUCUGCAUGAGCUUAGGAAAAUCGGUAAGUUUGAAGAAAAGAUUUAUACAGCUGCCACGAGCCAGUAUAUCCAUCAUGCAAAAUCUGACUACCUGCGGAAGAUAUCACUGAAGAUGCUGACAAUGGAAACGAAAUCUCAGACUGCAAUGCCUAGUAAUCUGCCAUCGAACUCAGCUGGCAAUAGCAAAAAUCCCCAGAUCCAGAUAGCAUCUCACAGUAUGCAACCCCAAGUGCACAACCAAGGGCAACAGCUCCCUGUCCCAUUGGCACCUAAUCAGUCUCAAACACGCCAACAGCUGCUGGCCCAAAAUAUUCAAACUAACAUUGCAUCUGGAGUACCAAGUUCUGCCAGCUUGCCAUCCACACUAUCUUCUGUUACUAGUUUGAACCAGACUCCCAUGCAAAAUGUUGUUGGCCAGAACUCUGGGAUGCAGAACAUCUCUGGCAUUCCACAGAACUCAGUGGGGAAUUCAAUGGGACAAGGGGUGCCUUCAAAUAUGUUUGCCAAUUCUCAGAGGCAGAGUCAAGGAAGGCCACAGGUAGUUCCACAACAGCAACAGCAGCAGUCCCAGAGCUCACAGCAGUACAUUUAUCAGCAGCAGUUGCAACAUCACCUUUUAAAACAGAAGUAUCAGCAGGGAAAUAUUCCUCUCAUGCAAUCUCACAUCCAGCAACAACAGCAACAACAACAGCAGCAGCAGCAACAGCAGCAGCAGCAGACUCUGUUACAAUCAAAUCAGUUCCAAUCGUCUCAGCAAUCCGUCAUGCAAACUUCAUCUGGUAUGCAAUCAGCUCCUCUGUCUGGCCUUCAACAGAAUCAGCCGUCUUCUGUUCAACAGUCAUCACAAUCUGUGCUUCAGCAACAUCCACCGGCGGUUCUCAGGCAACAGCAACAGCCACAACAGACUCCUGUUAUGCAUCAACAGCAAACAUCAAUGACACAGCAGCCAAUAUUGCCCUCACAGCAGCAGCAGCUUAUAGGACAACCACCCAAUGCUACAACCAUGCAAUCAAAUCAGUUGAUUGGACAACAAAACAGCUUUACUGACUUGCAGCAGCAGCAGCAGCAACAGCAGCAGAGGCUGCUAAGCCAGCAAAAUAAUCUUCCAAACCUGCAGCAGCAGCAACAGCAGCAGCAGCACCAGUUAAUGGCUCAGCAGAGCAACCUUUCGAAUAUUCAUCAGCAACAGCUGGGCCAUCAAAGUAAUGUUUCUGCACUGCAGCAGCAGCAACAAAUGCUUGGAACUCAAUCUGGUAAUCCUAGUAUGCAGACUAAUCAGCACCCUGUACAUAUAUUGCAACAAUCCAAGGUUCCAGUUCAGCAACAAACGCAGCAGGGUGUGUCAAAUUUGCUGGCAACACAAGGGCAGCAGUCACAACAACAGCCAUCACAGCAGCAACUGAUGUCACAGUUUCAAUCACAGUCAACACAGUUGCAACCACAGCCAAAUUCAUUACAGAGAGACAUGCAACAAAGACUUCAAACCUCAGGGGCCUUGCUUCAAACACAGAAUGUUAUUGAUCAGCAGAAGCAGUUAUUUCAGCCCCAAAGAGCUCUUCCAGAAGCAUCAUCAACUUCUUUGGAUUCCACAGCCCAGACAGGGACUCCUAAUGUGGGUGAUUGGCAAGAGGAGGUGUAUCAAAAGAUAAAAAUAAUGAAGGAGAUGUACUUACCUGAUUUAAAUGAGAUGCACCAGAAAAUUGCAGCUAAAUUGCAGCAGCAUGAUUCUCUUCCUCAGCAACCAAAGACAGAGCAGCUCGAGAAGCUCAAAAUAUUUAAAGCAAUGUUGGAGAGGAUGAUUACAGUCUUGCAGUUUUCCAAGAAUAGUAUUACACCUAAUUUCAAGGAGAAGCUGAGCGGCUAUGAAAAGCAGAUAGUUAACUUUAUUAACACACAUAGGCCCCGGAAGCCUGUUCCUCCACUGCAGCAUGGACAAUUGCCUCUGUCUCAUAUGCACUCCAUGCAGCAGCCACAGCAGUCACAAUCUCAACUUACUCAAGGUCAGCCACAUGAAAAUCAAAUGAACCCUCAGUUGCAACCAAUGAAUUUACAGGGUUCUGUAGCAACAAUGCAGCAGAACAAUGUGCCAAGCUUACAGCCAAGUUCUAUGCCUUCUUUAUCUGGCCUGCCAAAUGCACAGCAGAAUAUAAUGAAUUCACUACAAUCCAGUGCCAAUUUGGAUUCAGGACAAGGAAAUGCACUGACUUCAUUGCAGCAGGCUGCUGUAGGAGCUCUACAACAAAACCCUGUGAGUGCUCCCCAACAGGCAAACAUUAACAACUUGUCAUCACAAAAUGGGGUUAAUGUGCUACAGCAGAACAUUAAUCAACUUCAGCCAAAUUCCAAUAUGCUUCAACAUCAGCAUCUGAAACAACAGCAGGAGCAGAUGAUGCAGACACAGCAACUGAAACAGCACAUGCAGCAGCGCCAGAUGCAGCAGCAGUUGAUGCAAAAACAACAGUUAAUGCAGCAGCAGCAGCAACAGCAGCAGCAGCAGCAGCAGCAGCAGCAGCAACAACAGCAGCAACAAAUGAAUGAUGUGAAUGAUUUGAAGAUGAGGCAGGGAAUGAGUGCGAAUAAACCAGGAGUAUUCCACCAACAUCAAGGAGCAGUGCAGCGCUCAGCUUAUCCUCAACCGUUGAAAUCUGGAACUUCAUUUCCUAUUUCCUCACCUCAACUCCUGCAGACUGCAUCUCCUCAAAUUCCUCAACAUUCUUCUCCACAGAUUGAUCAGCAAAAUUUGCUAACAUCUCUUACAAAAGCUGGAACACCUUUGCAAUCUGCAAAUUCGCCAUUUGUGGUUCCAUCUCCUUCAACUCCCUUGGCUCCAUCACCUAUGCCAGGGGAAUCUGAGAAACUUAAUUCUGGUAUUUCCUCAAUCACGAAUGCUGGAAAUAUUGGACAUCACCAAACAACUGGUGCACUAGCACCACCCCCAUCCCUUGCCAUUGGAACCCCUGGGAUAUCAGCCUCGCCGUUGCUUGCUGAGUUCACCAGUCUGGAUGGCAAUCAUGGUAAUGCAUCAACAAUGGUUUCUGGCAAGUCAAGUGUUACAGAGCAGCCGCUUGAACGCUUAAUUAAAGUGGUAAAGUUGAUGUCACCUAAAGCUUUAAGUGCCUCGGUUAGCGACAUUGGUUCAGUUGUCAGCAUGAUCGAUAGGAUUGCAGGAUCUGCUCCUGGUAAUGGGUCCAGGGCUGCAGUUGGUGAGGAUUUGGUUGCCAUGACAAAAUGCCGUUUGCAAGCAAGAAAUUUUAUCACACUAGAUGGAGCUGCUGGAACAAGGAAAAUGAGGCGCUACACUAGUGCAAUGCCCUUAAAUGUUGUAUCAUCAGCUGGCAGUGUGAAUGACAGCUUCAAGCAGUUGGCUGGUUCAGAGACAUCUGACCUAGAGUCAACAGCGACAUCUAGUGCCAAGAGGCCCCGGAUUGAGGUUAAUCAUGCCCUGUUGGAGGAAAUAAGGGAGAUAAAUCAACGACUUAUAGACACUGUAGUAGAUAUCAGUCAUGAAGAUGUUGAUCCAGCAGCAGCAGCAGCUGCUGCUGCUGAAGCUGGUGAAGGAACCAUUGUUAAGUGCUCUUUCAGUGCUGUAGCUCUCAGCCCAAACUUGAAAUCACAGUAUACCUCAACACAAAUGUCACCAAUUCAGCCCUUACGAUUGCUUGUUCCCACAAAUUAUCCAAAUAGCUCUCCAAUACUCUUGGACAAGUUUCCAGUUGAAAUAAGCAAAGAGUAUGAAGAUCUUUCAGUAAAGGCUAAGUCGAGAUUUAGCAUCUCACUUCGCAGCCUGUCACAACCCAUGUCACUUGGAGAGAUAGCAAGGACUUGGGAUGUUUGUGCCCGUGCAGUUAUUUCUGAAUACGCACAGCAGAGUGGCGGUGGGAGUUUCAGCUCAAGGUAUGGAGCGUGGGAGAACUGCUUGAGCGCUGCUUGACCAUCUCUACAGAGCCACCAAUUAGCCUAAAACAAGAAAACAGGAAGAAGAGAAAGAAUGUUUAGGGACUGGUGAUACAGAAUCUGCAGCGUUCGCUGGCACCAUGGCCUAUAGAACAGUUACAGUAAGGUGUUUAUGGUGAAGUUUGUGGAUUUUCACAAGGGUGUUUUUGUAGCAUGUACUGUUUUAUAUGGUGUGUUACAGGAACUUGUAGCAUGUUCUGUUUUAUAUGGUGUAAAAUACAUCAUAAAACAUAUACUCGGUGGUUAAUGCUUGUUUUAUGCAUCAUAACCAUUCAGGUGUCUAGUGUGGCACAGGUUGCUUAGGUUUUAGACUACUUUCCCCUAAUUCCAGUUUUUCAAUAAAAAUGAUGUUGAUGUAUGA